UAAAAAAAAAAAGAGAAGAAAAGAAACCCUGAGGUUUUAGGCUUCAUCAGGGUUUUGGGGAAGCCAAAGAAAACAUGGCGGCUACUUGUGGAAGAAGAACCCUAGGGUUCUCCUGCUCUUCGGCCAAGACCAUUUUCACCCAUUUACCAUCCUCAACACCUGCUAACAAUAAGCUACCCGGCCUUUUCUCUCCUAACAAAAUUUCUGCUUCUCGAUUCUCUCUCCGCAAUCUCACUUUUUCCAGGCUCCCAGUGGAAAUGGGUGGUGCAGUAACUUUGAUACCUUUGCAUAGUGCUACGGCUUCUGCUUUGUUCACUUCCUUGCUGUCUUUGCAUAAUCAAAACUGGGGGUGUUUGUCAGAAGGAUUUGCAACUCCUCUAUAGCAUUGCCUAUGUGCUCCUGUUGUCGAUGCUGCUCAGACCUCCAUCUGCAGGAGACUUUGUUACUCUGCUUGUUUUGAAUCGAACAUCAUAUUAAACCUUGAAAAGGAGAGUCGUUGGAUGUCUGGUCUUGCCACCAUGUUGUGUAAGAAGAUUCUUUUAUCACUUGAAAGUUUCUUGCAUAUCCUAAGAUACUACUGAUAAUUUGAGAAAGAGAUUCAUUGAA